AUUGUUUUCCUCUGUCAAAACAACUUGUGUCACGUGACCGCCUGACGUUCUGUCCUCCACUCUGCGCUGAUGCAGGGGGUUUCCAUCAUGGCGUCGAUGCAGAAAAGGCUACAAAAGGAAUUAUUAGCCCUGCAAAAUGAUCCACCCCCAGGAAUGACGCUUAACGAAAAAAGUGUACAGAACACCAUUACGCAGUGGAUUGUAGACAUGGAGGGAGCAACCGGUACACUGUAUGAAGGGGAGAAAUUUCAGCUGCUUUUCAAAUUUAGUAGUCGAUAUCCUUUUGAUUCACCUCAGGUAAUGUUCACAGGAGAGAAUAUACCUGUCCACCCACAUGUGUAUAGUAACGGUCACAUUUGUCUAUCUAUUCUAACGGAAGAUUGGUCGCCAGCCCUCUCAGUGCAAUCAGUUUGUCUUAGCAUUAUCAGCAUGUUGUCCAGCUGCAAAGAAAAGAGACGACCGCCUGAUAAUUCCUUUUAUGUAAGAACGUGUAACAAAAAUCCAAAGAAGACAAAAUGGUGGUAUCACGAUGAUACAUGCUAAUGUACAAACUUUGUAAUAAACGCAGAAGAAAGAAGUCCUACUGACAUACGUUAAGCACUUUUUAAUCAUUCAGUCUUUGAACUCUGACCUUCGACUGGAACAAUGGACACCAUGCGCUGGAGGCUCUUACUGCAUUCCCCCCCACGGGCAAUUGGAUGCAUGUUUUAGGCGGCUGUAUAAUAAAGAACGAAAAUAACGGAACGUUUUAGAUGCACCCGAGAUGGAUAAUUUUUUGCAAAAAGGUAGUAAUGCAGCGAGCAAGUAAGGUGGAUUUGUAGUGAGAUAAUUAUAAUUCCUGUUUUAAGAUUAUUAUUGUUACUUUUUUGUUUGUCUAUGGGUGCAUUUUAAGGUCCUUGUGUUGUGCAAUAAUAACUGAUGGAUGCAUGCUUGGGCCUACAAAGAGAAAUCCAAAUCUAAACGUUUUCUGGAAGGGAUCUGACCAUCAUAACCCCAAGAAAAUGCUUCAUCCGUUUUGUUUGUUUUAAAAUUAUAUGCACUGUGAAAGUAUCUAGUUCAUAAAGGCACUAUUAGUACGUUAUUUCCAACUUGCAGUUGUACUGUCAAGCAGUCCUCCGCUUAUUUACCAGGUUAAAGGGUUUUAGUUUGUAACCACUGUAAGGAUAAACAAUUUUCUUCUUCAUCUUCCAACUUGAGACCUGGUUGCAGCUCUUCCUGCUGCUGGACAAUAUGUCAGUACAGGUGGGAAUUAAAGAGAUAUGACGAUAGAUCUCUCAGUCAGCAGAUGACCUUAGAGUACGUCUCCUCGUGAAGUUGGGCUGAACUCGUGUAGUGUUCACUAGUCCAGCCUUGAAAAUGCGCAGCAGUCUCGCUUCCAUUUAAAGAAUGUCUGUAAGAAAACAUCGUUGCAUGAUUCAUAUUUAUUUGUAUGAUACUGUUUUUUUAUUUUUAUUUUCAUGCUUUAAUCUUCUAAAUGUUUAAUUUUCAAAUUAGUUCUUUUUUUGUACUGUUUUUUUUUUCACUUUGAGGGGGUUGUUUUGAUGGGUCAGUAUAUUUUGGAUUUAUUUUAACUUUUUAUUUGUUAUUUAAAUUAAAUCUUUGUUUUUGAUCUCCAGAAUGGUAAUGAAUGACGAAAAGGAGAGUCUUAAAAGAAGCUGUAAAGCCGAGGCUUUUGUGCUCCCCCCCCACCCCCUCCCUGGUCAGAGUUUUGGCUCAGGUACUUUUUUCAAUAAAGAGAUCCCAUUUAAAAAGAUACUUAUCAGAUAUUUUGAAUUUACCUAUAUUUUCACCAAAAGAGACUGUUAUGUUGUAAACUUAUAACAUGUCUGAAACUAUUGUAUAUAAGUCUUUAAAUUGUUUGAUGUGAAAGAAAUUAGUAGAGGAUGCAUUUACUUUAUAGCAGAAUGAUAAUAGGAGUGCUUCAUUUCAUUGGAAGUUAGUCUGCAUCGUUUGCUAAUUAGGAUGUGUACAGUCAGCAACUAACACUACUGUUGGUACAAAACACAAGUUGAGUAGUUUUACAGUGGGGGUGCAUGCAGUUUUAAACCCUACUUUGUGACAACUUUUAAGUCUUUCCAUAACUUAGGAAAUGGUUUAUGGGAUGGAUAUUACAUACCUCACCUCUAGAGGUCUGUGUGGCUCUUUGUCAUUUCAGACUGUAAUCAGUCCAUUCCUAAAGAAAUGUUUAUCGCCAUCCAGUCAGAGAUACUUGAAUUUUCCAUCUUGGCUUGUUUGUAUUGCAUUAGCUUUUUCCAGGGUCUAGCAGAGUUUCUCGAAUGAACUUGAGUGAAUGUGAUGAUACUCUAUACUGUAGAGGAGAUUACCACAGCACACUGCUAUUAAAAAAAACUAUAUUGAUAACUUAAAGACAUCUAUUUAACCAAUGAUUUUUUUUUUAUUAACUUCAUUGUAAUGGUCUUGUCUGCUGUCACUUUGCUGUGGAAAAAAAGACAAUAGGCCUGACAAAGAUUGUGUAAAUGCAGUCACAACAGCAUUUGUGUGGGAGAUGGGAAGCCAUCACCCAGUGAGCAAUAGAUCAGAAGAGAUUUGAAAAUGUUGCGAGUGAAAAUGUUACACAAGGUUUAAGAUGUGACAUGUUUUUGUUUUUUUCUUCUUUUCCUAGUUUUUUUUUUUUCCUUUUUUAAUGUGGUUUAAACUCUUAGCUUGCAGGUUGUUGUGAGUGAUCAACACUAAUGAGGGUGUGUUAUUUAUAUUUGAAAUUUUCUUCUGGGAUGUGCAAGCUCCAUGUAAUAGGUGCCUGUUCAUUUUCAUAAUCAAUAAUAAAAGCAAAGAUUCACUUUUAUUCAA